AUGCCACUGAAGAGAUCCAAAGUUGCUGCUACUGCUAAUAAUGUUAACAACAAUACUAUCAAUUCAAUCUUCCAUACAUCAAAACGCUCACUUGUUGCUUACUCGGACUCUAAACUAAAUUCUCGUCCUCAAAUUUCUAACCAAAAUUUAACGCCAAUCCAAAUCUAUCAAGAAGCCAAAUCGCUAUUUCGUCGCUCAUUUACGCUUACGCAAUCAACUGGCCGUAAUACCGAACGCACAAUCAUAUAUGACUUUCUCUCUAAACAUGCUCUGAUUGACAAACCAGGCAGUUUGUAUAUUUCUGGAAACCCAGGAACUGGCAAGACGUUACUAGUGAACGAGAUAUGUGAAAAGUUGAAAAGAGACCGUGGAGAGAAGGGGAGUAAUGAAGCAUGCAAACGGAGAAAGAUGAACAAAAGGGAAAUGGAAAUUAUUACAAUGAAUUGCAUGAUAGUUGGAGAUGCAAAAAAUGUUUAUACUAAGUUGGCCAGACAAAUUGGCGGAUGUGAAGAUGAAGAAGAUGCAGUGAAAUAUUUGCAGAAAGUAUUCGUGAAUCGAGAUGGCAACACCACAUUUAUUGUAGUUCUAGAUGAGAUUGACACACUGUUGACUAAAGAUCAAGACGUUUUAUACCAAUUAUUUGAAUGGCCAACACUUCCUAAUUCGAGAUUAACUCUAAUUGGCAUAGCAAAUGCUCUGAAUCUGACUGACAAAUUUCUUCCGCGUUUAAAGGCCAAAGGAUGUUUACCACAAUUACUCAAUUUUAACCCAUACACGGUCACGGAAAUAAUAGCUAUACUCAAUCAUCGCUUAUCUACGGCAUUUCAACAAUGCUUUCAGCCAUUAGUAGACUCUCGUGCCAUCGAGUUAUGUGCUAGGAAAGUAGCUGCAUCGAACGGUGACCUACGGAAAGCUCUAGAUGUAUGCAGGCAAGCUAUCGAACUGGCUGAGAAGGAAUAUAUGAAAGAAGAGAGUCGAAGUGAAAAUUGUGCGGAUAUAGAAAGGAUAGUGAGAGUGAAUCUUGAACAUAUGAACAAAGCUGCUAUGGCCACAUCCGGAUCUAGCAACGUAAUGAAAAUACGGCAGUUAACUUUGCAUCAGCAGUUACUAUUGUGCACUUUGUUUAUUAUGAGUAAACAAAAGAAAGGGGAUAUCACUUAUGGCAAGUUCCAAGAUAAAUAUAUUUCUCAUUGUCGCAAUAAGGACCUAUACUCGCCAGUCACUCAGACGGAAUUCCACGACUUGACAGGAAUGCUUGAAACAGUGGGCCUUAUUGGAAUUACACAUGGUAGAGUAAAGAGAAGUCGCAAGAUCCUGUUAAACGUGCAUGAAAGCGAAAUAUUGGCUGCACUUAAGGACAAUGAGAAAGUAAUGCUAUGGAUAGAGUGA